AUGUUUUCGAGAGAUAUGAAUGUUCGGCUAUCGGUCGUGUAUGCAGAGAUUUGGUUAGAUGUUCAACGAGUGGACCUUUUUGAAGACAUCGAACGGGACCAUGAGUGGGCCAAAGACGCAAGUGUUCUAUUCACCGGUGGCUCAUUUGCAAAUGGUGAAGCAGUGAACGCAGUUUUUCGCAGUAUCUUGUACAGCAAGGUCUACUACAAUAGUGAAGACGCGUUCGGAGCGCAGUGGUCUGGUCAGAUGUUGGCGGAAUCACUGGGACAUUUGUUCGGUCUCGAACAUGACACCAUGUCUUGUCAAUGUGAAAGUGACUCAACGAAACAACGAUGCAUUAUGACCGACAGGCCAGGAAUGCCCGGUGCUGCAUUUUCUUGGCAAUUUUCCAAGUGUUCAAUUGCUCGAAUGCAUGGCGUUUGGCAAUCUGGACAUGUGCAGUGCUUGCUCAAUAAACCGUUUCAACCGUCACAACUGCGAGAAUGUGGUAAUGGAAUCGUUGAUGGCUCUGAAGAGUGCGACUGUGGAACUCGUGAGACGUGCACUGACCCAUGCUGUGAUCCGUUGACCUGUACUCUCCGAGCUCAUGCUCAAUGUGCAGCUCAUCAUCAGUGUUGUCAUCGUUACGAAAGUCGGGCGAGGUGUGUAGAAGUGCUCGUUCGGCGUGUGGGUGACGUCCCGGAGACUACGGACAUCUCAUGGAUGGGACCGCAUGUGGGCGAGCUGGUCAGUGCUGGCGUGGCAACUGCAGCGAUCCUCAUCAACAAUGUCAGGAGAUCUGGGGCGAAGGUGCUCGAGUUGCUGAACAGGAAUGUUUCAAACAAAACACUCGUGGGCACGAAUACGCCAAUUGUGGCUCCAUUGAUGGCACAGGUACCUACCGGUCGUGUCAACCGGAGCAUAUCCGGUGCGGCACACUUGCAGUGCCAAGAUGGAGCCUCAACACCGUCUCAGUCCGCCUUGAGAGCGUUCACCUUCCAGUUUCAGCAGGAUGACAAACAGGUACAAUGCAAGUCCAUCGCUGACGAGAACGUGGGACUUGUCAAGGAUGGCUCCAGCUGUGGUCCUGGUCGACUGUGUGUUGCCGGUUCCUGCGUGGAAAUGUCUUCUGUUUCCACAGCAGUAACUUGCCCCUCCAACAAUCAUGCCCUACAGUGUUCGGGUCAUGGCGAUUGUACCACCACAGCUAUUUGUGUCUGUUUCGCUGGUUGGACAGGAUUGGCGUGUGAUACUCGCUCGAAUACCACACUAGGGAAAAAUCGUAGCCAACCACGUACUAUUGUGAAUGUUGUUCCAUCAAUAGCUGUAGGAAAAACUUUGGAUACAGCCACUCUGCUUGGGAUUCUGUUGAUCGUGGGUGUUGUUCUACUGCUGCUACUAGUUUGCCUCCUGUUCUGCUAUCGACGUCGGUCAAUAGUGGAGAUUCCCACGCCUUCGGAUGAGAAGCUCGACGAGAGUAUACCAGAUAGGACCCAACGGUCGAUAAAGUUUGGAAGCAUGCCAAGCUGGAGGGAUGAAAAACGAAAACGAAAGAGCAAUAAACACGUCUAUGGUGCACUAAAUCGUAUUACAGAGGCUGACGAAAGGGAUUCUGCAAGUGUGAAGUAA